CAGUGGGAAGUCGAACAGUGCGGGCGCUCUCGUGCAGAAAGCGUUGGAGGCGACUAACUCGGACACCUUAGUAGUAUAUUUAGCGAGCAUACGGGCUUGGGAAAGAUUAAAUGGUUUUAGGGGAUUCUCAGCACAACACCAAGGAAAGUAACCGGUGCACCGAGUCCUUAGCCAUUUUGACUAGACGCUCGAAACCUAGGCUACUAUUCAUACUCCGCGCCUUAGCAAGUAUACGCGGAUUGCAAAGUGGUUGCAAAUCCGUGGGAAAAGGCGAGAUGGUUUCGUUAUUCUGGAUCUGAUUGGACUUAAUAUUCUCUUUGACGGAGGAAUUCGGUCACUGUUUCACUCAGGAGUGGAGAGCGUCAGCGGUUCGGGAUGGAGCGCUACCUGUUGGGGAUGUACCUGUUCCUCGCGCUCGCCAGUAUGCAGAGGUCGAGCUGCACCACGGCCAAGGAGUUGACGUGCCAGGAGAUAUCUGUACCUUUGUGCAAAGGUAUAGGCUACAACUACACCUACAUGCCUAACCAGUUUAACCACGACACGCAGGACGAGGCUGGGCUGGAGGUACACCAGUUCUGGCCACUUGUGGAAAUCCAGUGUUCGCCGGACUUGAAGUUCUUCCUCUGCAGCAUGUACACUCCGAUCUGCCUGGAGGACUACAAGAAGCCGCUGCCGCCGUGCCGGAGCGUGUGCGAAAGGGCGCGAGCCGGCUGCGCGCCCCUGAUGAGGCAGUACGGCUUUCCCUGGCCCGACAGGAUGCGCUGCGACUUACUGCCCGUGCAGGGCAGCUCCGACACGCUCUGUAUGGACGACAACAGGACGGAUUUAACCACCGCUUCGCCGGUCUUACCGAAGCCAACGCAUUAUCCAGCUAAGCCAUUUAACCCUCAUAAAAACAAGAAUGGACACGGUCGACCCGGCAGCAGACUCAAACCUCCAGUGACUGCCUGUGAACCGGGCUGUCAGUGCCGUUCGCCCAUGGUGCAGGUGAACAGUGACCGUCACCCGCUUCACAACAGGGUGAAGACGGGACAGAUCCCCAAUUGCGCCAUGCCGUGCCACAACCCCUAUUUUACCCAGGACGAACGGACGUUUACGGCAUUCUGGAUUGGAUUGUGGUCCGUGUUAUGCUUCGUUUCUACUUUUGCCACCGUUGCAACUUUCCUGAUCGACAUGGAGAGAUUCAAGUACCCAGAGAGGCCGAUUAUCUUCCUUUCCGCGUGCUACAUGUUCGUGUCGGUGGGUUACAUUGUGCGACUAAUCGCUGGACACGAAAAGGUGGCUUGUAGCAGGGAAUUCGAAGUGGAGCACAUUCACUAUGAGACAACUGGCCCCGCGCUCUGCACGAUCGUAUUCCUCCUGGUUUACUUUUUCGGCAUGGCCAGCUCGAUCUGGUGGGUGAUCUUGUCCCUGACCUGGUUCUUGGCCGCCGGGAUGAAAUGGGGAAACGAAGCCAUCGCAAGUUAUUCGCAGUAUUUUCACCUCGCUGCCUGGCUGAUCCCGAGCAUGAAAUCCAUCGCUGUUUUGGCUCUGAGUUCGGUCGACGGUGACGCUGUGGCUGGAAUAUGCUAUGUUGGCAAUCAGAAUCUGGACAAUCUGAGAGGAUUCGUGCUGGCGCCCCUGGUCAUAUAUUUGUUUAUUGGCACGAUGUUCCUUUUAGCGGGAUUCGUGUCGUUAUUCAGGAUUCGUAGCGUUAUUAAACAAGGAGGCACGAAAACCGACAAGCUAGAGCAGCUGAUGAUCCGCAUUGGGAUCUUUACAGUCCUGUAUACUGUACCUGCCACCAUUAUCGUUGCGUGUUAUUUUUAUGAACAGCACAACAGACUGAGCUGGGAAAUUACCCACAAUUGCUCCUGUUUGUUGGACCAAGACCUGGCCAAACCGGAUUACGCCGUCUUCAUGUUGAAGUACUUCAUGUGUCUUCUCGUGGGCAUCACGUCGGGAGUGUGGAUUUGGUCUGGGAAGACUCUUGAGUCCUGGCGAACUUUUUGCACGCGAUGUUGCUGGGGGAGCAAAGCAACGAGCGGGUCAAUGUACAGCGACGUGAGCACGGGACUGACGUGGAGGUCGGGCACGGGGAGCUCGGUCUCUUACCCAAAACAGAUGCCAUUGUCGCGGGUUUGAAUAGGAUAAUUGACAGUCUAUUGUGCCGAGAUUGUCUUAUCAGUGUCUUCUUGUUUGCAUGUUAAUGAGCCCCUAAUGGUUCCUGUUGGACAGAAGCGUUGACGCCGGUGGAAAACGUUGUACUCUUAACACUGCCAAACACUUGCUUUAUUAUAUGCACACGACUUACAGUAGAGUGGGUCUGGAACUAAGCAUUUCAAGACAGCACGUAUUUGUAGCAGCAAAAGUGGAAGUUUAACCGAGAACGUUUUUUUUUUUUUAACUUAAAGAUAGUGCCAGAGGUUUUGAAACUCACAGCAUUCUCACUUUCAAAAAAACAAGCCUUAAUGUCUUAUACGGGUUUUUAAAAUGGCAAAAUGUAUUUAUAUAAAUGUGUACAAACGUGUAAAUUGCUUAUAAAUUUUUAUACGAUUGUAAAUUUGUGUACAAAGGCUUUGUGAUAGAAAAUAUUUUUAUUUUGACAAUAAAAUAAAUUUUGAUAAAUG